UGUGCAGGUGGCUCCUCCUCCACCUCGCCCGAACCCGGACCGCGCCAGGCCUCAAGCUUGCUGCCUGGAGACGCCUUUGUGCCUGGCUCAGGGAGCCCGCGACGCCCCCUACACGCCCGGGCGCACUGUUCCGCUUCCCAACCCCUUGGGUACCGGCGGUGCGCGGGACCCGAACGCGACCGGAGCAGCGUUGGGACCCGAGGGCGCGGCAGGGGCGCCCCCGGCGCUAGGUGGGCGAUGAAGCUCCUGAAGCCCUGGGGGGCGGCAGGGGGCGGCUUUCUGCACCUUACCAUCCUACUGAGUUUAGCUGGGCUCCGGGUGGACCUGGACCUAGACCUCUACCUGCUGCCGCCGCCGCCCGCCGUAUUCCGCGACGAGCUGCUGCCCCUAGGCGGCCCGGCACACCCCGCCCACGCGAUCACCCCCUUCCCUGCCUCCGGCGGGUGGGGGCGCGCCGGCCCCCUGCACCCCAAAACCCGGGAGCUGGAUCCCGCGGCGCCUCUCGAGGGCCACCUGCUCCGGGAGGUGCGCGCACUCGGGGUCCCCUUCAUCCCGCGCACCCGAGUGGACGCGUGGUUGGUGCAUGGCGUGGCGGACGGGGACACAGACCGGAGCCAUGGGCUACUGAGCGCCGCUGCCUCGUCUGCCGCAGGAACCGGCGCCGGCGUGGAUGGCAGCAGCCAGGAAGAGCCCGGGGGCGACGGGGAGCGCCGAACGGUACGCGACAGCCCUUUGGCGGCCGAGGAGGAGGAGAAGGCAGCCGCAGAGCCGGUGGCGCAGGUGCCUGUCGCCAGUGGACGCACGAGCCAGGAGAAUGAAGUACUAAGAGAGAAGUGUGAAUCUGUGGCUCGCAGUUCCUGCAAGGACAAUGAAGAAACAGCAUCAGCUCAUGAGCAAUCACUGCAGCAGCACAAUAAUGAGAAUAAGAACACAACAGCAGAUAGACUUGACCAAGAGGUAGCAAAGACCACUGAAUCUAGAAAUGAGAGACACCUAAAUGGAACAGACACAUCUUUCUCCCUGGAAGACUUGUUGCAGCUUCUUUCAUCACAGUCUGAAUAUUCUCUGGAGGGCAUUUCAUUGGAAGAUACUUCAUCUUUUCCAGGUACCAUCAGUGAGAGUAUGAAUGUAGUAAACUUUAGCCAAGCAGUAAGUCAUGAUGUCAAUCUUCAUGAAGCCAUGUUGCUGUGUCCCAAUAACACAUUUUUCAGAAGAGAUCCACAAGAAGCAUUUCUGCAGCUCAAUGCUCAAGCCCUUCCUGAUACUAAUCUGACAGUAUUCCACUCACCCGUUGACAUUCAGAUGUGUAAUCUAACAAGCCAAGACCUUCUGUAUGGCCUUGAUGCGAACACAUUCGAUGAGAUAAACUUAAUGUCAUUGGCUGUGGAAGGUGGUUUUGAUCCAAUGCAAGUUUCUGAACUUUUUGAAGAACCAGAUUCUGGACUUAUGUUAAAUUUAAGUCACAGCAACACAUCUAUCACCAAGCAUCAUUCUCCUUUAUGUAAUGAAGGUGCUAUAGGCUAUACUAGUGACCUUGACAAUGUUUCCCAACAUCAUUUGGAGGGGGCUGUUGGUGGUUAUUGCCCACAACCCAGUAAACUUGGUCACAUGGAUCAUAGAUACCAAUCAGCUUUUCAAGAACUAUUUCAUCAAGUGUAUCAUAACCAUACUUACCACUUAAAGCCACCUAUAUCAGACCCCACUAGUGAAUCUUUUUCAAAGUCUGGGAAAUCACAGAAAAUGAUUAGGUACUUCAGUGACACAAGCAGAAACUUGAGCCGUGAUGAACAGCGUGCAAAAGCUCUGCAUAUUCCCUUUUCUGUUGAAGAAAUUGUCCGCAUGCCUGUUGAUUCUUUCAACAGCAUGUUAAGCAGGCACUACCUGACAGACUUGCAAGUCUCAAUGAUGCGCGACAUCAGACGAAGAGGGAAAAAUAAAGUUGCUGCUCAAAACUGUCGUAGGCGCAAAUUAGACAGAAUUUUGAAUCUAGAAGAUGACGUAUGCAACUUGCAAGCAAGAAAGGAAACCCUUAAGAGAGAGCAAGCCCAAUGCAACAAAGCUAUUAAUACAAUGAAACAGAAACUACACGAUCUUUAUCAUGAUGUUUUUAGUAAAUUGAGAGAUGACCAAGGUAGGCCUAUUAAUCCAAACCAGUAUAUACUUCAGUGCAGCCAUGAUGGGACUGUUUUGAUUGUACCAAAAGAACUGGUAGCCACAGGCCAAAAAACGGAAACCCAAAAGAUAAAGAGAAAAAAUAGAAGUUGAAGAUAGGUCAGUUCUUAUGGUCAUAAAUCACUCUCAAUAAAUGUCCAGGACUCAAGAGGUUGUAAUUCUGGCAAGUUGAGGGGAAAGCCACUUUUCACUUUCAUUAGGGCAGCGUGCCACUUCUAUAGCAGCGUAGACACUGGAGCUAUAUUUGAGCUGUAUUUUUAAUUCACUUAAAACACACAAACAAUUUGUGAACAUUUAACUUCAAAGGUUUAAAAUUUUUUAUUUGAACUUCAAUGAUUUUCUAGUAAUGCAGUUGCACUAAUGUGUCCCUUCAAAUUAAGACCACCUUUGUAAGGACAACCUCAUAUCCCAAGUCUUCAUUGCAUAAACAAACUAAAGCAAACCAUUUAAAGGGGAGCGAAAAGUAACGUUUUCUAAUAGAAAAACUAAAACCAUAAUAGAUGUUUAAGUAAUCUCAGAAAUACUGGUAAAAACUCCCAUUAGUCCCCACAGUUCUAUAGAGAUCCAUGAAUUUCUGUAACUUACAUGGACACCCAUUUAUGAACUUGUGUGCCAUCAAUGUGGGUAGCAUGACCAUAAGAGAAUCAAGUCUAUCGUUUCUGAAAAAUGUGAAACACCAUGUACAUAUAAAAAGGUACUACCUUUGGUUACACAAAUACAGGGUUUAUUCAGCCGGGCAGUUUAUUCCACUUUUAUUUUCAAACUCUAGAUUUUGCCAUUUAAUACCUUUAAAUACAAAUACCACCAAAAGUCCAGUUUUGCUCACUGAACUGUUCAGACCAUCACAGGUCUAUUUGCUCAACAAUGCCUUAUACCCUCAAAAUUUGUGUUACUACCUGGCAAGGCUAUCCAGACUGAUUAAAAACAACUCAUUUUAGUGAAUGUCAAGACAACUGUGUACAAAAUCACAAUAUUGAUGGAAACUGGUUUCAAUAUAUUGCACAUGGUUAUUAAAGUUCAAAUUUCACAGUAAGUCACCAGUCAUACAUGAUAAAUCUUGAAUAUCAGAGCCAUUUGAACAAUUAUACUUCUGACCAUAAAAAAGUGCAGUUUGUCUACUACCUGAGACCCUACCCUGCUUGGUUCACUAAAACUCAAGGAUCCUACAAUAGGCACAUUUAUGUUUAAGUCUAUUUGGUACAUCAAGAUUGCAUUUUGUAACAAGCACCCACCUGGAUUCCCUUGAUAUAUAUUAGUGCUUUUAUAUUAACAUGAAAAUUUGCAAUCUACAAUAAACUCAUGUCACAAAACA